GCAGAGCUUCUUUCUCCUUGGCGUUAUCGCGAUAGGUUGUGGCUUGGGACCCUUGCUGUGGGAUGGACGGCAGAUGGGCGUCUCCUGAUGCUCCCCUUGCAGGCUUGCUCUCUGUCGUGCUGUAGUCGCUCGUGGUCGCUAACGCUGUGCUUACAGAGCGAAGCUGUGUGGCUAUGAGCUCCUGUGAGGUCUGUUGUCAUAGAAUCACAGAAUGAACUGGAUUGGAAAGGACCUUAAAGCCCGUCUGGUUCCAGUCCUCCGUGCUGCGGUGGUCUCAGCAGGUUAUCAAGAGUACCUUCUUACAGAAUAGCAAAUUGUGAUUCUUCAUGGAGCGUGCAGUGGAUUUUUCUCUGAAGUUGUGGGCCAACACCAUAAAGUAGGAGGCAUUACUUUCAAAGCAGCCUUCAUAUUGUGGUUGGUUGAUGGGAUAAUGGCAGGAAAAGUGAAGUGGGUAACUGACAUAGAAAAAUCAGUUCUAAUAAACAACUUUGAAAAAAGAGGCUGGAUUCAGGUGGCAGAAAAUGAGGACUGGAAUUUUUAUUGGAUGAGUGUACAAACAAUCAGAAAUGUUUUCAGUGUGGAAACUGGUUACCGCCUUUCUGAUGACCAAAUCGUCAACCAUUUCCCCAAUCACUACGAACUGACCAGAAAAGAUUUGAUGGUAAAGAACAUCAAACGGUAUAGGAAAGAACUUGAGAAGGAAGGAAGUCCUCUUGCAGAAAAGGAUGAAAAUGGAAAAUAUAUUUAUUUGGAUUUUGUUCCAGUAACUUUUAUGCUUCCUGCUGAUUACAAUCUCUUCGUUGAAGAAUUCAGAAAGAAUCCUUCCAGCACUUGGAUUAUGAAACCUUGUGGUAAAGCUCAGGGAAAAGGAAUAUUUCUAAUCAAUAAACUGUCUCAAAUUAAAAAAUGGUCUCGAGAUAGCAAAACAUCCUCGUUUGUAUCUCAGUCUUCCAAGGAAGCCUAUGUGAUUUCUCUCUACAUCAACAAUCCAUUACUGAUUGGGGGAAAGAAAUUUGACCUUCGUCUGUAUGUUUUGGUAUCUACGUAUCGCCCACUGAGAUGUUACAUGUAUAAACUUGGAUUUUGCCGAUUUUGCACAGUAAAAUAUACACCAAGUACCAGUGAACUGGAUAACAUGUUUGUACAUCUUACAAAUGUUGCCAUUCAGAAACAUGGGGAUGAUUACAAUCAUAUCCAUGGAGGCAAGUGGACAGUGAGUAACUUGCGCCUGUAUCUGGAAAGCACCCGUGGAAAGGAAGUUACAAACAAGUUAUUUGAUGAAAUUCACUGGAUAAUCGUGCAGUCGCUGAAGGCUGUUGCGCCUGUAAUGAAUAACGAUAAACAUUGCUUUGAGUGCUAUGGAUAUGACAUUAUCAUUGAUGACAAGCUUAAGCCAUGGCUAAUUGAGGUUAAUGCUUCCCCUUCUCUUACUUCCAGUACUGCUAAUGAUCGCAUCUUGAAGUAUAAUCUCAUUAAUGACACACUGAACAUUGCUGUGCCUAAUGGGGAAAUUCCAGACUGUAAAUGGAAUAAAUCUCCACCUAAAGAGGUUCUUGGCAAUUAUGAAGUCUUAUAUGAUGAAGAGAUGGCGCAAAGCGAUGGUUCUGAUCGUGACUUGCGAAGUCGUUCCGGGCAAUCCACUGGAACAAAAGGAAAUCGUGGGAGAGAUUCAGGAAAGCCUGUACUGACCACCUGGAAAUAAUGACUAAGCAGAACAGCUGCUGAGUUGGUAGGACAGCAUCAUGAAAAAAUGAGUUCAUGAACAGAUUUCUCUAUUUCGCCAUGUUGUGUGAGGGAAACAAUCAAAGAAAACAAUACAGCCUUUGAAAAUAAGUGAAAUGAGCACUCCUAAACCUGGAUCUUUAUAAUACAUGCACUGACUUGCCAAUUAUACGCAUGCAUGUAUAUAUAUUUAAAAAGUGUAAUAUAUGUAAUUAAUUUAAUCAAGAAUAUUUAAGCUUGUAGUUCUCUGAAAGCAACAAAUUCUACAUUUUUAGAAGCAUCUUUGUUCGGACGUUGGAGAAGCCAGUAAUUAUUAUGAGGUUUCUUUAUAAAGAUGACGUUUAAGAAUACAUGUUCUGAUAUACAGAGCAACAAGUGUUCUGUAAUUUAUUUUCUCAAGUAGCUUAUCUCUACAUUCCUGUAAUAAAAGAGAUACAGAUAAUGGGAAAGAGUAGUAAUGGUGAGCGUCAGUAUUGUCACAAUGGUGGUUCAGCUGCUUGCUAGGAAAAAAAAUGUAACAAGGGAAAAAACAGCAGUGUAUGGAGUUGAGACUAUUGUCAAUUAAAGUGGCUAAAGAUUUAUGACCAGCCUUAGGUACUUGAAAAGUAAGUCUUUACAUGCAGGGCUUUUUGUUUGUUUGUUUGCUUUGUUUUUGUUUUUUUGUUUGCUUGGUUGUUUUUUUUUUUGUUUUUUUGUUUUGCCUUAAGAUAUUUUGGAGCUGAUAAUUCUUUAAAAGUAGAAGGUUUCACGUAAACAAGGAAUGUUUCAGGUAGUAUGUUGAUGUAUUAUUGGGCUAGCCAUUAGUUUUUACUGCAAGGUAAUUUGUCUUUGGAAAAUCAGGCAGAACAUCUAUAACUGUAAUAAAUCUCAUUGCUUGAGAAUGGCUGUAAAUUGACUGGCUGUAAAUCUUUACUUGCACUAGAAUUUCUUCAUGUAAGUACUUCUGUGUCUUUUUGUGUAUUUUGUAUGUACUACCACAACAAUAUUGUUGCAUGCGAUAAACUAUUUCUAGCUCUGAUUUCAAAAGUUGUGAUGAUUAGAUACUGAAACGUAUAGAGCAAAAAUAGGUAUUUUGGUCUUCUAACAGCAUAGGAUAUAAACUAACCAGCUGGGUCCAUCAGUGGCUACCUUCACUCACAUUUCCACCAGUUGUUGAGCUGUUACUUAUAAUGAUGUCUCGAUGUGCAGCUCUGAUAAUCUUUCUUCAUCAUUAUUUCUCUGUCCUCACUCCCCUUCCCCUUUAUUUUUUUUUCUUUGAUUAUGAAGUGUUAUGGAGAGAAAUACAAAAGGAGGCUUAAAGUUACAAAUAUCCGUGCACCUGUAAUAAACUCUAAUCUGGAUAUCACUAAUGCAGCAAUACUCAAUUUCUGUCUGUCACAGCAGGCUAAGUAUUUUUCACCUUUCUGUGUGGCAGGGCUGUAUAAAUGCGUACAUUUUAAACUUAGCCUCUCCUGAUGCCCUUAGACAUGAUCUGGGAUUCAUCCUUGCAAAAAAGAAUGAAAUACAUGGACUGAGUUGGUCACUCCAAGUGUAAUUUUCAUCUUCAUUAAUCUUGGCUGUUUCUUUGAAAUAAAGACCAAAAUAUAGCUGAUUGUCUGGUCAUUAGACUUAAUGAAUCUUCUCACUGGCCUUUACAAAAGCAUAUUCAAUUUGGCUCGUGAAGUAAGUUAAUAUUAUUGCAUGGCAGUGAAGCUCUUCGAAAUCCCAGGUCUCAUAGCUGUUAGGUUUGGUGUGUUUUAAUUCUUUUUUAAUUCUUGAGCCUGAGUUUUGCUUCAGUACUUGAACCUCAACAGGUAGGCCACUCCUAAGUAGAUGUACAGUCAGAUAUUAUGUGUUGUGUUAAUGACGGGGUACUUAGACAGACAUUUCCUGCUUUUUCCAAAAUUGGCUGUUACUACAAAGUAUGUAACAAGUUGACAACCUUAGGAAAUAACAGGCUGUAAUAUUCUGUAGUAUGGUUGUAUUUCUUACAGGUAAUGCAACAGGGGUGCUCGAAUAGAAGGAAAACAGCUUUCUCUCACUUCAAUUUCCACUGCUUUUAACUCCUUUCUCUAGUAGCCUGUGCAAAGGAUGUUACUGUGGUCUUGUUAUAACAGUAGUGCUUGCAAUUGAGGCUACAAUAGAAUGAUUACUCUUCCCCUUUAUCUUUUUCCUGUUUGUGCAGCCUACUCUAGUGGGGCUCUAUACGGAAGAGGUAUAUUGAGAAAUGCUGAUUCUGCUGAAAAAGUCAACUGUACUAUAGCUUUUUAAGUGUGCAGAAGCAUUACAUACUAAGCCAGCUGCAGGACUUGCAGUCGGCCUUUUGGGAAAGCUUAGCAUGAAGGUAAGAACAAGUCCAGGUUAUUAGCAGCUAUUGGUGUAGGCUGCUUUAGAGAACUGUGUACUUACUUGUGAUUUCACAAUGAACCAAAACUGGUUAUAAUUUCAAAAUAACGUUGUUCUUCCAAACUCAUGUGUACGUGGUACUCUGUUGGCAGUAGUGUCUUUGCAGCCAGCUGAUGAGUUGAAUCAUGGCCUCGAGAACAGACAUUGGCAAGACAUACCGAAUAGGAACGGCAAUACUGAAUAUUUUAUUAUUAUUUAUAAUAUAUUGAUUUGAUAAUAUUUAUUAUAUUGAUAUUGAAUAUUCUCAUUUAGUUGAUAGGAGGUUUCUAAUGGCUUGGAAAGGACCCACUCAUUUGAGCUUGCAUUUUCAUUAAUCAGUAUAAUAAUGCAUCCCUUCCAGUCCUGACUUCAGAACAAUCAUUAUCAUAUUAAAUCAAAGUCUUACUAUUGCUUUCAGAAAAAUUGGAUUUCUAUCUCAUUUCUAUUUCAUUCACACAUUUCAAGAGCAGUAUUUUAUACAGACAAUAUUUUUGUAGCAGAGCUAUCAAUUUGGAACAGGCAAAUGCUUCUCUCUGGCCACGUGUAGUAGUGGGAAAGCAAAUUUCAAACACCUUAUGUGAGGAUGAAAUGUCUGUUGGAUAUUUCAAGGAUUAUCAUCACUACCUUGAUAUUAAAACAGUAAUAUUACUAAUCGGAGCGGGGAAAAAACAACACUUCUGAUACAAAACUUUCACUGUGUAGUAAUAAAAAACUAGAAUUUAGAUGUCAAAUGUUGAUAUAGUAUUUUACACAGUUGUAUCUUUAACCAGUAUUGGUAAUUUAUAUUGCAGACACAAACAUGGUUUUGGUAAUGCAGCGUUCUUUAAAGAGCAAGAAGUCAAAGAGGCUGCAGACAUAGUGACCCUCUCUUCCUGAUCUCACCCCAUUCUCUUUUUAAACACAAUGCACUAGUGAUUAGAAAUAGCAGGCUCUUUUCCAACAGGCUUUUUGCAGAGGUUGAAGUUCAAAGGCUUAACUAUGUUAUCACUUUUAAUACAUUGAAAAAACGGGGUAUGCAAAAGAAGUCUUAGGGAACAAAACUGAAAUGACGUUAAAUAGAUGAUUAAUAGUGCCUUUCUCAUUAUCAGUAACAAGCGAGCAAAAAAACAGCUGGAAGCAAGCUGCAAGUCUUCCUUUUCUAUAAAGAACUUGAAGCCUCCUCCUAUAGAUAAUAGAAUGCUCUUGUGGAAAAAAAAAGUAGGAAGCUACAUUGUUAUGAAAUAUCUAUUUUCCUCCAAACUUUUGGUUGAAAAAUACGUUGCUUCUUCACUGGAAUUUGAGUAAGGAAAGAACUGUGUUCUGUGGUAGCUGAGAGUUUGCUCUGUACAUGAAACAACUUGUCUGCAGGCUGCGAGACAGGGGGAUGAGAAGGAAACAAAAGCAGUCAUAGCUUUCUGGGAGAGAAGGGUAGUAUGUGAAUGCCGUGCCACGAGAUGUUUGUGCGUGGCCUAAAAAGGUAAAGGUGAAACUUUCCUUUUGGUGAGGAGGAGAAACCAGGAAGGAAAAUUUUAUCUCAUGUUCAAGAUUUUAUCACUGCAUUUUUCUCUCCAGUGCUCCUUUAACUAAAUCCACUGCUGUAGCAGGGUGGAAAUAGUGCUACCAAGUGAUGUGUAAACUGAUAACAGCCUAUGUGUAGCAUCUAUCAGUUGGAACUGAGGUCAUUAGUCAGAUGUGUAAGCAGUAUGUAGGAUGUCUACUAUAGGAUUUGAAGGGAGUUAAGUAAAGGUGUGACGUUAACGUGUGUGUUACGAGAUAUUAAAUACUGUGUGGAUACCUUCAUGUGAAUAUAAGGAGCCUAAAUUUCCAAAGGAGAAAGGGCUGUUUUACCUCUAUUUGCUAGGGGUUAAAUGGGUUUAAUGGGUUCUGAGCAACUGACUUUGGCCCUAGGCCAAUCAUACUCAUACAUUUGACUUUAGCAAAAAUUGUUUUGAGUCUCAUUGGGGCAAAAUAAAUGAGAAAUAGAAAUCCUCUGAAGUUCUCACUUUGUUUAAUGUACUAACUGGCUGGGCAAAGCUACAAUAAAUGUGCUUCUAAGUCUUGCAGUUCAUAUGCUUAAGUGAUCUGUGGUAUAACGGCAGUAUUGUAUGAAGAAUUAAAUAGACCAGCUCUAAACAGCUAUGGGAGUUGUUAUAAUGACAUCAGUGUAGAAGGAGCUUAUUGCUGGAAUUGAAUACUGGGGCUUGCUUCCCGGGCACUAACCUUUCUCCCUAUUAAUUCUUUGACAUGGAUGGCAUUAAUAAGAUUCCCACAGAAUAGCUUCUUUAUGCAGCUUUAGGAACUUAACUAGAAUAGAAGGAACAGUAUUAUCCCUAAAGCUAUUUUGUUGCUGUUGGCUUUACAAUAGAGCUUCAGCCUAAAAUGUCCCUGUCCGGAUUCACUUCCUGCUGUAAAUGCAGCAAAACAAUAGACGUUUCACAGAAGAUAUAUAGCACUGCACUUCAGCAGGAGAAUGUGUCAGGCAGAGCUCAUCUAUCUGUCAUCAAGGAAGGAGCUUUAUUCUGUCAGGAUAAACCGAUGCUGUGUCCAAAGUAGUUACUGUUCAGUUUAUGUAUGUGGAACUAUAACCAGAAGGUAACUUUCGUCUUGUGCCUGCCUUAUUAAAACAGCUCACUCAAUCCCUCAGUUCAGUGGGAAGCACGCUGUGCCAUCUGGUAUGUGGGUAUCACAAUGUAACACUACCGUCCAUAGCUAGCUAUGCUAACCUCUAGGGUUCCUUCACAAAGAAAUGACUUUAUUUCUGGAUUUCUUGCAGAAAAUAAAUGUGUAGAGCUGAGAAAAGCUGAUUUUAGUCAUAAUUUUGGUAAAAUUUUUGAUUAUUAAGAGGAAGUAGGAAGAUAUAUGGCUGUCUUGGAAAGACUUUGUUUUUACUGAAUAGUAGGAAGUUGCUUGUGCUACACUUUUGGCUGUUGUAUUUUUUAAUUAUUAUUAUUUAAUAUUUUCUAAAAAUACUCUUUAAAAUUUGCUGUCAGAGCGUAGGUGAGCUUCAAGAAACUCACCAUACUUGGAGUAGUCCACAGCCAGAUCAUUUCCAAUUGUUUUGAUGACAUAGUGGUAUCCCUAUCAUUGAUGUUGUCCUCUAUGCUUUUAAUUAACCACAAAUUUUGUACCUCCUGAAAAGCACAUCACUCACACUUGAGAUAAUCAUUGGCAACUGUUGUGAAAUAGAAAAGUUAGGACAGUAUGAAGCUGCUUGAAGACAUGAAUGUGGAAGACAAGGAGAUAAUAAAGGAUGUUUCAAAUGAGCAUCUCUUCUGUGAGACGAAUCGUAUUUGAUGAAAGUUGUGCAGUUAAGCAGUAAAAUUAAUUAAUUGAGUGGAAUUAACUGUAAUAUUCUGAAAUUCUGUGACAUUGAUUGGCAUAUAUAACCACUAAUGGGAGUACAUUUGGAAUCAAAAUAUGGUUCAGGGCUUAAUUCAGGUCUUAAACUGUAAACAUGUAACACUUGGGAUUUUUUUAGCUAGAGAUAAAAAUGCCGAAGAGAAUGCCAAAAUGUUACAGCAAGAGCCAAGAAAGAGCAAUCGAAUUUGCUCUGAGGGAAUCUCAGAGAAAAUGCUAGUGCUUAAAAGGAUACGUGAAAUUUCUGAGGACAGCGGAGGACACAAAAAGCAUAUUUAAAAAUAGAUUGUGUUAAAAAUAAAAAUAACCAUGGGAUACUCAUCUAAAAGGAGGCAGGGUUAUUUAUUUAUCUAUCUGUCUAUUUAUUUAUUUAUGUACUUAUUUAUUUUCAGAAAACUUCCUGUCCUGUCUCUUGCAGUCAAAACUGCAUGCCCACCAGUAGGGCUGUGUAAACUGUCAGCCUUUCUUCUAAGAUAAAGGAUGGAGACAGUCUUUCUCACGAAGUUACAAAGUGAAAGCAUCCAAAGAACAACUUAAUUUUAAUAUUUAUGGGGGAGGAAAAAAAAAGCUAAUCUGAAAAUGCUAAAAUCAAGAUGAAUAAUAUCAUGUUAAAAGUAUGAUUCACGGUAUCAUUGUGUAAUUUAUGGCAUCAUCAUAGUGUCAUCAUGCUGGGGGGUUGCAUGACUGGUGGUAGAUAUAAUUAGACCGUUAAUCUGUUUUAAUUCACUUCAAAAAGGUAAAUAAUGUUUGACUAUCCAUAAAGACAGCAUGUAAAUUAUAAAUUGAAAAAAUAGUAGUUCAUCAACCACUGAGGUAUUUUCCUCCAAGCAGUUUUUUAAGUGAAUGUAUGCAGUGCAUGUGGCCUCGAGCCUAUAUAUAUGUAUGUAUACAUGCAUUAAACUGUACUACCAUCAGAAAUGGAUCAAAUGGAGCAGCAACGUGUUGACAGCAACAUAUUGACUGUAGCGCAGACAAUUUCUGCUUUCAGAUAUGGAGGUAAUUUACAAAAUCAAUAGCAUUGAUCCAAAACGUACACUGUGACAACUUUGAUAAUGUUUUGUUAACUGUUUCAAAUGAUACACUUGGAAAACGGGUAAUAAUUUUACAGUUAAAAAAUGUAUUCUUAAAGUUGCCAUUGUUGUUAUUGUCUUAUUUGGUUCCAAAAGUGUCCAAGCCAUUUUUUUCAACUGAGUGUAAAAAGCAUGGGAAAUGUUUUGUAUCCAGAGGACAGUAUUCAGCUGCUUGAAAAUGGUGUUCCCUAAAGUGGUGCCUCAAGGAUCCCUCAAAUCUUAAACGUUCAAGCAAAUGAUCUUUUGGUGAAUAUGCUUUUUCUAAUUAAUCUGCUUUUACUUUUUGUCUUUAAAACAAUUUUAUAGAAUUUAUAAAGAUGCUUAAGUGAAAAGUUGGAAAAUACGAUUGUUAUUUCUCAAGCUGUAUUAAAGUCUGAA